GUACCUUACCCAGCAGGUACUUGAGGGACUUCAUCACUCCUUCUUGAGUCUGGAUCCCACUCAGCAAAAGUUUGCAAAGUUGAUCCCAACGAUUGCCCCAUCCUUCACCAUGGCGCCCGGCAUUGUCUGCGACACUCCUCUCGCCGUGGAUACGAGCUGCAAGAUUCCCGAGAUCGUGGUUGUCAAUGGUGACACAAAGCCCAGGAUUGUCAACGGAACGGCAUCCAAGGAGAAUGGCGAGGUUCAGCCAAAAGAACUCGCGUCUGAAGAGACCGAGCAAGAUGGCGACAGCGACAGCCAAAGCGACGAUUCACGAGAGGACCAAACCAUGAAGUGCGAGAUCAAGCACCUCGACAGGCGCUACGACGAAAAAGACGAACUCUACUUCACCGAGCGGAAGAUCGACGUCGAAAAACCCAAGCAGAAGGACUGGUGGCGCCAAUUUGCCUUCUGCCUGGUUCGCCAUUACGACUCACAGGACGAGCUCGAGAACACAUGCCUCUAUGUGAAUGCCCAGCCGCUCAGACAACUCGUCGCCGACGUCAUUGGGAACUAUCCUGGAGCUCCCAUCAACGUGGAUGAUGUCCAGAUCUCGGCCCCUUAUCGCUCCCUAUUCCAUUAUCGGACCCAGCUGGAGGCCGAGGGUCUCAGACGGUUCGCCGAGGAUGCCGAGUCUCUUGAGCAGCUGAAACUCCUUAUCGACUGGAUCAAGAAGCACUUUGCGUUGGAUAUUGCCGCGUAUGAAAGGUGCAUCAACCUGGAGCACAAGGCAAUUGCGUACGACAAACUCUGGACUCUGUUUCCCCCAAAGUCGAUUGUAUAUUGCAAGCUUCUCGGCCAGAACCGAGCCUUGCGUGUCGUCCAGACGUGGUAUGACGAUGGCGAGUUAUCUCCAGGGCUGUACUUCCAAGUUGAAUAUGUCGACUUUGAUGGCGACCGUCUCGGGACUGGCCGUCUUGAGCUGGCCAUCCCGAGAUACCCCGGCGUUCAAGAGCUUAACCAACUCAACGCCAUGCCCCUCGACCUGCUUAAUGAUGCCAAAGAAGUCCGCGAGGAACUGUUGGCGCGGGGUCGGAAGUUUGAACGCUACAUCGGCCAACAUUUCCUUCAGUACAACGGAAUUGCCGCCAAACGGACGAAAGACGGCUACGCGAGGUUCAACGUAAACGGCCGUGUCAUGAUCGACUGCAAGACCUAUCACAGGCUUGAGCCCAACGACGCCUUCACCGUAACCAGCUUUGGCCUGGCGAUCAGAAACGAGCGGAGCCGACAGAGGGCCAUGGCGAACAUGAUGUUUUCGCGCUCGUCCAAGGAGGCGCCCAAAUUCGAUAAACUCUCAGAUGAAGAGGCCAUGAUCACCAACGCCACUGUCAGAGGCUAUUCGUUCACGGCUAAGCGCUUCCUCGAGUUCUUCGUUGAUGAGCUCUCCGAGAUUGAGUGGAAUACGAGCUGUUUCGACAACCUGGUGCUCGAUCCGGCUGUCAAGAAGACGGUGCAGGCCCUGGUUUCUUCACACUCCCAAAGCCGCGAGACUUUUGACGACAUUGUUAAGGGCAAAGGUCAAGGUCUCGUCUGUGUUUUGCACGGCCCGCCCGGCGUAGGGAAGACCCUGACGGCCGAGUGCGUAGCUGAGUUUGUGAAGCGGCCGCUUUACAUGGUGUCGUCAGGCGACCUCGGAACCAGCAGCUCCGAUCUCGACCGCAACCUCACGCGCAUCAUGGACAUGGCCGCAACAUGGCGCGCGGUCCUGCUCAUCGACGAGGCCGACGUCUUCCUCGAGCGGCGCUCGCUGCACGACCUGCACCGCAACGCCAUGGUCAGCGUGUUUCUGCGCGUGCUCGAGUACUACAGCGGCAUCCUGUUCUUGACGACCAAUCGUGUCAAGACCUUUGACGACGCCUUCAAGUCGCGCAUCCACAUCCCCAUCCGCUACACCGACCUGACUGUCGAGUCGCGUCGCCAGAUCUGGAAGAAUUUCUGUGGCAUGGUGCCCGGCGGCGUGGAUAUUGACGACAAGGGUCUGACGACGCUGGCUGAGAAUGACUUGAAUGGCCGGCAGAUUAAGAAUGCGAUGAAGGCGGCGGAGAGUUUGGCUGCGUUUGACGGGGUGAAGCUGGAUCUGAACCAGCUGCUGCAGAUCACCAAGAUUCAGGCCAUGUUUGAGAGCGAUCUGAGCAACCUGAGCGACAUUGACUAUACGGCGCCGGGUUCGAGCAAGAAGGAUGCUGAUACCAGGAACAUGUUUCUCUGAACUUUUUCCUGGCUCCCUUCUUUGUCGGGCUUUUUCUGUGUGGGUCUUACCGGACUGGUCGGUCGUCCGCUCGCGAAUUCAAGGCUGGCCCAUGGCGUUAGGCGUCUAAUAUUCUGGGCGGGGAAUACAUAAUUAGCGGAUGUCUGUAGAUAGACAAUGAGUCCAUGAUCAUAACAUGAAACCGAUAUGUUAAGCACCGUCUCUUGC